CGCCCCUCCAUAGCCGUAAAUGCCAGGUCAGACUAUACAGAUUAAAUCCGAAAAGAGAAUCGUGCGUGUUAUGGUCCAAAAUGAUAUAUGAGGAAGGAAAGGAGAAAAAACAACGGGAGAGAUAAAGAGAGAUAAAGAUUGCUUUUGUGCUGAGUACUCUGUCAGCUACGAUACAGUGAACAUCAGUUACCACGCUUCCCUCAACCUACCGCAUCAAUGGCAAUCCAGAUAGCUUAUACGUCCCGGGCUGUGGCGAAACGCCUUCCUUUAGCUCUCAGGGUCACGUUCCGCUCGGCACACUUCCACAGCGUCUGCCAAGAAGCUCAUGACCACUCACAGAACAUCAGCAUAUCACCAGUGGCUCCCUUGGCUUCUGAAAUCAGCAGCCAGUGGCCGUACGAGGCGAUGAUGGAGAUGCACAAAUGGAUUUCAUAUGAAAACCCCCAGGCCACGAUCCCACCACACCACGUGGAGAGUAUCGUUAACCACCUGCAAUCCCAUCAGAUACAGGACCAGCCAAACGAUGCGGCCCUGCUCCAUAUUUACCGCGGCUGGGUGCUAACGGUCACACAUUAGAGGGCAGUGAUGACAACAUUAACUUUUAUUUCAUAUCUUUUGUCUCUUUUUUCUAAAUCUUUCCUGCAUUCCCUUUGGUAUUUUCUAUUGAUAUCAUAAUUUGUGUGUGUGUGUGUGUGUGUGUGUGUGUGUGUGUGUGUGUGUGAGUAUGUUAGGUUAGGGUUCAACUACAUGUACUCGUACUCUUACUCGUACUUAAGCACACAUUAUCAUGUACUCGCAUUAGUAUUCGGGUUCAAAAUUUCCAUUGUACUUGCACUUGUACUCUUACUCGGACUUCAAGUACUCGAAAGUUUCACGAGUACUUUCGAGUACUGACUUGUACAAUGAUAGAAAAAAAAGAAAAGAAAAAUCGUCAAGGUGUUGUGUGGUGUCUGACGUUGGCGAUCAUUGUGAGUGAGGUGCUCUAUACUCAUUGUACACAUUGUGCAUAGUGCACACACGCCCACAUCACGCCGGAACUCAUACUUUGUAUAGUAUUGAAGGCUACUAACUGUACUUGGAUUCGUGAUGUUAUUAUGUAAAUCGUAUUGGCACUCGAGUAUAAAAAAAUGUACUCGAACCCAAGCCGUGUGUGUGUGUGUGUGUGUGUGUGUGUGUGUUUUCUGCAUUUUGUAAAUUGACGAGGCUUUAUGCUGACAUUUCAUUGUUUGUUUGUAUAUUGACACUAGCAUGCCCUUUUGCAAGCGUGCAAUUACCAUCGAUUCAGAGGUACGGCUUCUGUAAGUACCGAUGUCCUUUUCUAGAAACACGUUUCCCAGAUAAUAAACGGUAUCUGGUAACUAGUACCUCUAACUGUUAUAUUUCUAGUUCAUCUAGGUUUGUGAAGAACUCUCAUCAUAAACCAGAGCAUUAGAAUAUAUCUUGUUUUUAUAUAUUUCAUAGAUAUUUAGCUCCCCUGACUUUGUGAUAUAAUUUUUUAAGGUGAUUACUUAUUUUUCUCACUAUGAUAAAAAUUCAUAGAUAUGUGUGUGUGUGUGUGUGUGUGUGUGUGUGUGUGUGUGUGUGUGUGUGUGUGUGUGUGUGUGUGUGUGUGUGUGUGU